UCCCAUUGAACUCGGGGCAGUGCCCAGCGUCUCUGACUCAAGGCAACUCCCUCUCUCUCUGUGUCUGACUUCCACACCCCUUCCCAGUGCUGUCCCGAUCCCGGAGUGAUCUAUUCCGGUCAGUAACAUACACUGGGAGGCGAAGGAUCCGCAGGAACAUGAGUGUAUCCCGAGUCCUCUCUCUUGCUGACAUCCAGACUGUUCCCGAGAGAACUCAGGAUGUGCGUCGGAUCCGACUGACGCUCCUGAGCGAUGGUGAGAGCGUCCAGAGGGAGCAAGCCAAGAAAAAGCCUGUAGGCAGGGCGUACGCUGUUGUGGCCGGCAGAGGGAGUGGCAACUCCACUUGGGAUGGUGAGGCACUCAAGACACACAGCCUGUACGACCCAGAUCUGAAAAGCUUGGUGACAGAAGCUCCGAGCUCCCAGGAACUCUCCCUGGCACAUCUCCGUACGGAGCUCCAACACAUCAAGGAGGUGAGACACUCCAUGGAGAUUGUGCGACACCAGUUACACGGAUGUAUCAGCGGCCUGAGGCAGGAGGCCGACCACUCUCAGACGGACCACGACGAUGGCGACGGCGACACUGAAAGGAUGCGCCAAGUGACGAGGCGUCUGUACACCAAACUGCAGGAGACCGAGCGUGCCCAGGAGCGCCAGAGGAGAGCGUUGGAGGAUCGGAUCUUCGAGCAGAAGAGGGAGCUGGGAGAGGCGAGGGAAUCCCUCCGGAAGUCGGAGGAGAGAGUGGCCGAUCGCGACCGCAGGAUUGAGGAACUGCAGAGGCUGAUGAGUGGAAUGGAAGAGGAACACCGAGUGCUGGCCGGGAGGAUGACCGAGAACGAGCGCCAGUUGGAAGAGAUGAGGGCGCAGCAUCGCGUUGGCAGGACCGACCAACACAGGGUGUUGCAGCUGGAGAAAGAAGCCGAGGACCUGCGGGAGAAGAUCUGUCACCUCGAUGACAUGCUGAAGAGCCAGCAGAGGAAAGUCAGGCAAAUGAUCGAGCAGAUGCAGAGCUCCCGGACUCAGAUCGAGGAGAAGGACCUGCUGAUUCAGCAGCUGCAGGAGCGCGUGGAGCACCUGGAGUCUGAGAACCGAGAGAUGCAGGACCGGCUGGAGUAUGUGACCUCUCACAAGGUGUCUUCCUCCACCACCUCCCAGCAAUACAAUGGCCGAGUGCCCACAGAGCCCCAGGUUAUCUCCAGACACCCUCUGGGCUGCAGGAAACCCAGAGCCUUGGUCCGAGUGUUGGAAACAGCGUGACACCAGGAGCAAAUCCGCGGAAAACCAACACACCGCCCCUCCCUCAGGACAACCUUGCUGCUGGCUACGUUGAGGGCUGAGUGACCGAAUACUUCGCUCGUGGAACUGAACUAAUCUCCAACCUCAACAAUCACUAUGUGGGAGAGAGCUCCACCUCCCCACACUCUCAAACUCCCUCUACUCUUAAGCUGAAAUGAAAGCUCCCUCAGCUAGCACAGAGUUUGAUGACAAGUUGUCUUACUUUUGUUAAUAAAAAGCUCCCCUCUACACUGUCCUCACCAUCAAACACUCCCAGGACAGGGAUUAGAUUAGAUUAGAUUACUUACAGUGUGGAAACAGGCCCUUCGGCCCUACAAGUCCACACCGACCUGUCGAAGCGUAACCCACCCAUACCCCUACAUUUACCUAACACUACGGGCAAUUUAGCAUAGCCAAUUCACCUGACCCGCACAUCUUUGGACUGUGGGAGGAAACCGGAGCACCCGGAGGAAACCCACGCUGACACGGGCAGAACGUGCAAACUCCACACAGACAGUCGCCUGAGUCGGGAAUUGAACCCGGGUCUCUGGCGCUGUGAGACAGCAGUGCUAACCACUGUGCCAGCGUGCCACCCACCAACACUGGAUAAGGUAGAGUAAAGCUUCCCUCUACACUGUCUCCCCCCAUCAAACACUCCCAGGACAGGGGCAGCACAGGGUUAGAUACAGAGUAAAGCUCCCUCUAAACUGUCCCCUCCAUCAAACACUCCCAGGACAGGGACAGCAGAGGGUUAGAUACAGAGUAAAGCUCCCUCUACACUGCUCCCCAUCAACCUCUCCUGGCACAGAGAGAGUAUGGGGUGAGAGACUUGUUGAGAGAGUUUUACCCUGGAACUCAGGCCCAUAGUGACAUGUUCUGCACAGCAUCGCGUUUGCAGAUGGGCUAGUCCUGCUGCUGUUCUGGUCUGUAAUUGGGAGAUGGGAUGUGUACCAAAAUCACUAGGGUGAAGCUCCUCCGCGCACCGCACCCCCCCCCCCCCCCCAACCCCCUUGCCCUGUCUGCCACACUCCAGGCUUUCAGGAUCACUGUAAAUACCUUUCAGAAUCACUGGUUGAAGAUUUCAGUUCAUUCUUCUAUUUAAAUUAUUUCCUGUGUUUAAAACAGUGCUGACUGUUUGAUGUGGGAUGGAUACUGAGCUUUUUAACCAGAUGAAUAAAGACACAAAUGCCACCCUG